CACCGCGCUCCCUUCAGCAAUAGUCUGCGCGCGCUCUCAGUGGUGGCGGGAAGCGCGAGCGAGUGGCGCGUCGUCCUUAUUGUACCUUGAGAAAAGGAUGCAAAAACCCCACGAAACCCGUUUUCAGGUCAAAAUGGGGUUAGACUUGCUGAAGGCGACCCUCGUUAUGAUCUUGAACGCGCUCGCUUUGAAUCCCCCGGCCACCCACUGCAUACAAAAUUAACGCGCAUGUUUGGAGCUGGUGAGGAAAAUGCUGACGCGUUGACGCUACAUUUGAUCGGUUCGUCAGCGCGUUUGACGCGUAGACCGCUGGGGGAUCUUUAUUACUCUUUAAGGACUUUUUUAUGGACUCGAACGAUCGUCGCAAAUGUCUUGCUUGUGGAAACGCUUUCUUGGAGAGCGACACGACUUUGGGAUUUUCGUAUACUAUGAGACAUUAAUCAAAACGACGUGUAGGUUACCACAGUAGCCUGCUGAGGGAUUUUUCGUACUCAUAACGACUUUUUAUGGACGCGAACGAUUGUCGCUAUAGGAUCGUGUUUAUGUGGAAAUACUUUUCUAGGGAACGCUGUAUUUGUGAAUAUUCUGAGUAGACGUUCAUUUAGACGCAGAUAUGUUUUAUGUUUUAUACUCAAAACUCCUAUCAUACUGCACCAUUUUUCAUUUAAAGAACGUUUGUUUGCAUUUUCUCUUAUUAAACGAGGAAAUAAGACUUGCCUCUAUUGCAAACAAACUCGAAUGAUCAUCACAAACAUCCCGUUUAUGUGACACUUUCUUAGAACCGUUUUGAUUGGAAUGAAAGGUAUUCAUUUCAACGACGUGCUUCACGUGUUACAGAAUAUUCCUGGCUCUUAGCGACUUUUUAUGGACGCGAACGAUCAUCGCAAACGUGGAAUUUGGGAAUGUUCUAAAUAGACUGCAGCUUACUUAUUAUUAUUUAUACGCAAAGCUCAGAACAUUCAGUUCUAUUUUAUCUCAUUAAAGAAGAGAAUAUAGUGUGAUACAGAAUAUAGUGUGAUCAUGUGAUACUGAAUUUGGGAAUAAUAUUGCGAAAUUGUAGCCUAUGCAUAAUUCUAAAGCUGCAGUUUUAUUUCCAAAUCAUUUUUACAUUUGCAAGUUGCAUCUUAAUAAACCAGGACAAUCGUGUAUGAGGAAACUGAUAUCCGCAUUUGGAUAAACUGAACGAGACUUCAGCAAGAGUUUGGCGCAACUACAUCCACUGGUGAUGCCGGAGGUCACUUCCACCAGAAGUGAUAGGCUAACAUCCAAAGGCAUUAUGUUUUUAUGCAACACCACAGCCAUCAAAGACUGGAGCUAUUUUCUCUCUCAAAUCUUGCCUCUUGUGAAUAAAUCAGCGGGAUUUGUUCAUCAGAGUAUGGACCGGGUGGAGGCGGUGACGAGCACCAUGGUGACGGCUCUGGAGCCCGACCUGAGUGGCAUGAGCGCCAGUCACCCGCCGCUCAACUCCAAUCACACGUCCGGAAUGGAGCACGUCUUUCAGUACUCGUACUCCGAGAGUGACCUGCAGUACACAGACUACAGGACGCCGCCGAGGGACUCGAUACCGCUGCCCAAGGCGGUGCUGUAUCUGGUCAUGGCCGCGCUGGUGGUGGUGGCCGUGGCUUACGCGAUCGUGGGGCACCUGGUGAAGGAUCUCGUGCAUGAGUUUGUGGAGUGGCUGUUUGGGCCCCGUUCAGACAACCGCAGGAGCAAGAGUGAGGUGAACUGCAUCAGCAGCAGCAUGAAUGAAAUGAGCCAACUCUCACAUCCAGUGGACACUCGCUGCAUCGUGUACAAUCACUCCGACUGCCCGAGCGCAGUUAAGCCGGAAGAACUGGUGGUUACGAUCGAUGAGACCUUGCAGCUACCUCGUGAAGCUUACAGUGGGACCUAACUGAGACCAAACUAUCACCGGUUGAUCCAGCCCUUUAUUAUGAGGAGAAAAGCACAUUUGCUUUAGCUUGAUCAGCAUCUGUGAUGUUGAAAGUCGGCGUGAUGAAGUCACGUGGCGGAAGACUUAUCCUGGGAUGAGGAAAACUGAAGAAUCUGGGAGACUUUAGAAGGAAUAGAAUCACUUUAAAGUACAUUAAAUGUUUAGUAUUGAGUGCUGUGAGACACUUUAUAUUUUCAAAUCGAAUAGAGAAAGAGAAAAGACACUUCUAUAUCAUUCAUAUCAGUCUUGUCAUAAUAUUUUAGUUUAUUUUUCUUGUUUUGUGGAGACAUGCACUGUGAAUCUAGAAUAGUGUUCUGCUGUUAUCCAUUUCCUACUCUACCUACAACUCGCUAUGGUUUGAUUUUCCCACUUUUUGCAGAUAUUUAUGGCUGAGUACUUAUGGUAUUUGCAAAUACUCGCAUUUUAUUCAAUUUCAGGUUUUCUGCAAUCGACUAUGCUGCUUAAAAACAGAAAUGCAUAGAGAUCUUCUAACUACAGGUUGCUUGAAAUUUCAAGUAAUGAAGAUGAUUUAGAUAAACAGCCCUUGAUGAAAAAAUGGUCAAUAGUUAAUCCACAAUGGCUUUUUCAUCUAAGGCCGUGUUACCAAAAAUGUGUUUUAUAACACUACACAAACACUUCUCACUGAAAAUAUAUAUUUAAAUGGUAGAAAACUGCAGUUAAAUAGACUUUUGAUAAUACAUGUGAGUUAUAUGUUGACAAAAUGGUCUAAAAAAAUUCAUAUCUCUGUUUACUUCACAACUAAAAGGGCUAUAAUUUCAGGUUUUCAUCGCAGAUGGUCCUCAUAAGGAAGCUUCAGAUCUGAACAUCACAUUUUUUCAACACAGAUAUUAAAGUCAGCGUGUAUUAAAAAGGCAUAAUUGGCAGAAUUAUCACUUAUCAAAUGUUUCAAACUGGCAAACUUUGCCAACUUCUGCUGUCCUCUCUUUCGUACAUUUUUAACAAUGAAAAAAGGGGGAAAAAAAGGUCUAGGCAAUUAACCUGGUCACUCCUGCCAUAUCAACAACUUGUUUUGAUCUUUGUUGCCAAAGUGUAAUUGUUAUGUCAGAUGUCACAAAAAUGCAAAAAAUACUAAAAUCGUUUUGUUGUAGGCCUAAUUCACAUGUCCAGUCAUGCCAUGUAACAAUAAUCAAAAUAUGUUACAAAAGUUGUAGAAAAACACGUUCAUGUCAUCUCCUGCAUUUUACACGAAUGCCACAAAAGUCACCUUAAUAAAUGU